GAAGAGCAAAGUGUUGCCCUGCUGGGUUUGCUGACCAGAGACGCUGCAGAUUUCGCAUUCCAGGCCGACGUCUUCGAUGGCGAUGACCUGGAAGCCACACUCGCCCAAUUACGUGAGCUGCUGGACACGCCGCUACAUCCUGUCGAAUAUCAGACGCAGUUCCACACGGUGCGCCAGGAGAUGGGCGAGACCACCGAAGCGUACGAGUGUCGCGUGAUGCAGCUGGUGGCGAAAGCGCUUCCGUUGGACACCAGCGAGGGGCAGGAGCGCCAGGCAAUGGAACGUUUUGUCGAAGGAGCAGCCAACCCUUCCUUGAAGAAGAGGCUGAGUACGAAACCCCAAGAAAGCCUUACUGAGACCGUGUCACUGGCGCGGGUGACAGAGAAGCUCCAGCGGGCCGUUCAAAAACCGGAUGCGCAAUGUUGGGCCAUUUCCCAACAGCAGCCACCCCAGCGGACAAACCCAUGGGCAUCGAGGCCGUAUCGUCAACCAGUGGCCGGGCAUCCUUAUACCCGAGACGGCGGUGGAUGGAGACGCUGGCCUAAUACCGGUGAAAGAUCGGAACCGAACUAUAGACAAGAGGUAAACGGAACGUCGCGGGAAGAUGAACAUCCGGACGACACCAAUUCGAGUGAGUUAGUUGUCCCUGCCGUUUGUGUGCCGUCUGAUAAAAUGUUUUGCGUUGACAUACACGUGGAAAGAUAUAGAGUCAAGGGUCUAGUAGAUACAGGAGCAACCAAGUCUUUGAUCAACAGCUCCAUGCUGCAAGCCGUGGACAACCCUGAAAUCACUUCUUUCCAUGGCCGAUUAUGCGGAGCGAACGGCGCGGAGAUCCGUGCCAUCGGAACCGUUCAUUUGAGGGUGCAACUGGAUGGCGUUUCAGUUGGACACUGGUUUGCGGUCGCAGAACCGCUGUCAAAGGGCCUUAUUUUGGGGGCCGAUAUCCUGAAAAGGCUUCGGUGUACCAUAGACAUGGAGAACUUCACGACCGUUCUGUUGUUGAUUGACUAA